CGACCAUCGAAGGCAGCUUUUAGCCUCGUCAUCCAGCUCUACCUUACCAUUUACCGCGUCCACCUUCAACCUCACUCGAUCCCCACCUCAUCUCUCGACGACUUCUCCCCGAACCCAACUUCGACGGCCACGACUGACGACCACAAACUUUCUGAACGAAUUCGACGGUUUUUUAGACACGUAGGAUAGCGACCGGGGUUUCCAGACAAGGCAGCAGCAACAAUGCCCGGCUUCGACUUCUCAAACUACAACCGCAAUGCGGCCCUCCACGCCCGAGGUGUCCCCCUCCCCAAGGCGACGAGCACAGGUACCACCAUCGUAGGAUGCAUAUUCGACGGCGGUGUUGUGAUUGCCGCCGAUACAAGAGCAACCUCCGGUCCCAUCGUCGCCGACAAGAACUGCGAAAAGCUGCACUACAUCGCCCCCCAGAUUUGGUGUGCAGGAGCCGGUACCGCCGCCGACACCGAGUUCACCACGGCAAUCAUAUCCUCCAACCUCGAGCUACACGCCCUCUCCACGGGCCGCAAGCCCCGCGUCGUCACCUGCAUGACCAUGCUCAAGCAGCACCUCUUCCAGUACCAGGGCCACAUUGGCGCCUACCUCGUCGUCGCCGGCGUCGACCCCACGGGAACCCACCUCUUCACCGUCCACGCCCACGGUUCCACCGAUAAGCUCCCCUACGUCACCAUGGGCUCCGGCUCCCUAGCCGCCAUGUCCGUCUUCGAGACCCAGUGGAAGCCGUCCCUGACCCAGGACGAGGCCGUCAAACUCGCCAGCGAUGCCAUCCAGGCCGGUAUCUUUAACGAUCUCGGCUCCGGAAGCAACGUCGACGUCGCCAUCAUCACAAAGGACAAGACCACCCUCAAGCGCGGCUUCGUCAAGCCCAACGAGCGUAGCGCUAAGCUCAAGAGCUACGCCUUCCAGAAGGGCACCACGGCCGUGCUCAAUGAGAAGAUUAUCAAGAAGAACGAGAUUGGCCGUUACGUUAGCGUAACGGAGGUGCCGGCCGGUGAAGCGAUGGAGGUUGAUACCUAGAUGCAUGAUGUUUACGAGGCAACCGGAGGUGGGGGGGUUCUUGAGACGUGCUAAAUGAAGUACUCCCAUAUCGGGAAGAUUCUGUACCAAUACAAUGAUGGCAAUAGACGAGACUGACGCAACCCGUUUCCCCCAAAAGUGCCAACUCUCCAUCACUAUUUUGGCAUGGAACAGCAUCGAUGGUUUACUCAAAAGGGGC